AUGUCGUCCAUCAUCCAGAUUGAUACAACACGCCAUUAUCACAGCACUGAUGCUGCAUACGUUCUUCCUAAUGAUGAAAUUGAACAAGCACGUCUUGACUCGCAGGCCGUUGCCAUUGUCGAAAUGCUGGGGGGCCUCCCCUUCCUUGGCCUUCCAGCAAGUACAACUCCCGGGUCGAAGAUGAUCGAUGUCGGCUGCGGAACAGGUGUAGCAACAUUGCAGCUGGGAAAGCUGUGGCCCUCAUCCAAAGUAUACGGGGUCGACCUUUCGGUCGUCCCCGAGUCUACACAAAAGCAGGCACCUGGCAACGUCUCCUUUUUGCAAGGGGACAUUUUGGAAGUAGACUUUACGACACCGAGCGAUGACUUGCUUCAUCAAGAAGUCUUUGCGCCCAGUAGCGUGGAGUACAUUUUCGGCCGCAUGUUAUUUCUUGGAAUCAGUGAUUGGAAACUGUACUUUUCCAAUGCCGCCAAGGCGCUCAAAACUGGCGCCAUUAUCGAACACCAGGAUCUUGACUGGAAGUUCUAUCGAGUUGCGUCAGAUGAAUGUCUGAGUGAUGAAUGGCAAUGGUGGCAUGAAGUGGUUCAAGCCGUAGAAGCAUCUGGCCUAUCAUUAGUGUCGGGAUCCAACGCUGCGGCACUCCUCAAGGCAUCUGGUUUCGAAAUUCUGAAGGUUGAAACUUUUGAAUUUUCCUUCAUGCCGUCGUUGAAGACACCCAACAGUCAAGCUAUGGGAAAUUAUGUCCAGGCGAAACUGCUGCCACAGUAUCCUGAGCUCCUACGAAAGCUUCUAGAGCCUCGUGUCAGUAAGGAGCGACUCAAACAACUGAUCCAAGAUUGCCUGCGUGACCUAUCCUCGGAAGACGGGGUCCAUCAAAAAUACACCGUAACCGUUGCCAGAAAGCUCUAA